UUAAUGAUGAUGUUUGUUUAUGAAGGUGACGGAGGUGAUGGAGGCCCUGGAGUCGUCCUCCACUCUGGUAUUUCUUGACCUGGCCUGGCCUGGAUCACCCAGACGAAGACUCCACAUCAAGCUGGAUACUGACACCAUGCUGGCCAAACAGUUUUUGUUGUUGUGUACUGGACAGCAUCAGUCAGGCUCCUCCUACCUCAACACUAAACUGUUGGAGUUGAGGAACAAGGGUGGGUCAGGGGAGCAUGUGUUGGGUGGAGACUACCAGAAUAAUAAUGGUGAGGGAGGAGCACCACUGCUGACUCACCAGCAUGGUUACCAGUACCAGAAGUCAGGCAGUGCUGGUGCUGUGGGAUCAUGGUAUAACCCAUGGAGUAGCAAGAGUACACAGUUCUUCAUCAUCACCAGGGAUCGCACAGAUAAUGGCCAGUGGGUCAAUAUCUUUGUGAUAUUUCCUGGAUAUCAGCCCAAGAAGAACCAAGAAGGACCUGGGAGUGUUAAUGUCAGAGGAUCUCGCCUUCAAAGAUCACAACAAUGUAUCUACGUCAUCCACUAGGAAAAUGAUGGGAUGGAUAAUGAGAGCCUUCAAAACUAGGGACACCAAGCCCAUGAUGAUUCUCUUCAAACUUGCUGUGCUCUCUAAGCUGGAAUGCUGCUGUACACUAACGGCCCCCUUCAAGGCUGGCAACAUUGCAGACCUGGAGAGUGUACAAAGAACUUUCACCUUACACAUAAGUGCGAUAAGGCACCUAAACUACUGGGAACGGUUGAAGGUCCUUGAUCUGUAUUCCCUCAAACGCAGACGAGAGAGAUACAUGAUAAUAUACACUUGGAAGGUCCUGGAGGGAUUGGUACCAAACCUGCACACGAAAAUCACUCCAUAUGAAAUCAAAAGACUCGGCAGGAGAUGCAACAUUCUUCAAUGAAAAGCAGAAAACAAAAUAAGCAUCUGGGGCCCAAGACUGUUCAAUUGCCUCCCAGCAUACAUAAGGGAGAUUACCAAUAAACCCCUGGCUGUCUUCAAGAAGGCACUGGACAGUCACCUAAAGUCAGUACCUGACCAACUACACUGUGGUUUGUAUAUCAGCUUGGAUGUGACCAGCAAUAACAGCCUGAUUGAUCAGUUCCUGAUCCACCAUGAGGCCUGGUCUCAGACCCAGCUGCAGGGGCACUGACCCCUAAAACCCUCUCCAGGUAAACUCUACAGGUAAGACAGAUGUAACAAUUCUGACAGAGAAUUUGAGAGGGGCUUUGAUUUAAUGAUUAUUAAAAAAAAAACUUAUUUUUAAUGAAACAAAUCCACUUUGCUUAAAUAAAAGAGAAUAUGUAAUUUUAAUAUAUAUCCCUGGAAUAUCAUAAUAAUGUACUUUGUAUCACAUGAACCUUUAACCAAUACGUAUACAUUUGUACAAUUCUCAGCACUCUUAAUAAAUGGUAAGAUAUUUUAUAACUUUCUCCAGGAAAUAAUUAU